UGCUUAUGUGGAAGUGCCCCGUGCCUGCUCUGCCGAUGCUGCCCCAGUGGAAACAACUCCACCAUAACUCGGUUGAUUUAUGCAUUCUUUUUACUUCUUGGCGUGAGUGUUGCCUGCGUGAUGUUAAUACCAGGCAUGGAAGAGCAGCUGAAGAAGAUUCCUGGAUUUUGUGAUGGAGGGAUGGGAACAACUAUUCCUGGUGUGCAUGGCCACGUGAAUUGCGAUGUACUAGUUGGUUACAAAGCUGUGUACCGUGUGUGCUUUGGUAUGGCCAUGUUCUUCCUUCUCUUCUCCUUGUUGAUGAUCAAAGUGAAAAGCAGCAAUGACCCAAGAGCAGCGGUGCACAAUGGAUUCUGGUUCUUUAAAUUUGCAACAGCACUUGCAAUUAGUGUUGGAGCCUUUUUCAUACCAGAGGGACCAUUUACGACUGUGUGGUUUUAUGUAGGUAUGGCUGGAGCAUUCUGCUUUAUUCUUAUUCAGCUGGUCCUGCUUAUUGACUUUGCCCACUCCUGGAAUGAAUCUUGGGUUGAAAAAAUGGAGGAAGGAAACUCAAGAUGUUGGUAUGCAGCUCUGCUGUCAGCUACAGCUGUCAAUUACCUGCUGUCUCUAGUAGCCAUUGUCUUGUUUUAUGUUUAUUACACUCAUCCAGAAGGUUGUUCUGAAAACAAGACAUUCAUCAGUGUUAAUAUGCUGCUGUGUAUCGGUGCUUCUGUAAUGUCAAUUCUGCCGAAGAUUCAGGAAUCUCAGCCAAGAUCUGGUUUGCUGCAGUCUUCUGUCAUCACUAUUUAUACAAUGUAUUUGACUUGGUCAGCUAUGACCAAUGAACCAGACAGGCGCUGUAACCCGAGUUUGCUGAGCAUCAUUGGUUACAACAGCACCACCACUCCAACCCAGGGUCAGGUAGUUCAGUGGUGGGAUGCACAAGGCAUUGUAGGACUGGUUUUGUUUUUGCUGUGUGUUCUCUAUUCAAGCAUCCGAACAUCCAACAACAGCCAAGUUAACAAGCUGAUGCUGACCAGCGAUGAAUCAACACUGAUAGAGGAUGGAAUGCCCAGGAGUGAUGGCUCCCUUGAUGAUGGAGAUGAUGUUCACCGAGCCAUAGAUAACGAGAGGGAUGGAGUCACUUACAGUUACUCCUUCUUUCAUUUCAUGCUUUUCCUGGCAUCACUUUAUAUCAUGAUGACGCUCACCAACUGGUACAGUCCGGAUUCUUCUUAUGAGACAAUGACCAGCAAAUGGCCGUCUGUCUGGGUGAAGAUAUCUUCCAGCUGGAUUGGCAUUGUGCUUUAUGUGUGGACUCUGGUUGCUCCACUGGUUCUUACAAACCGUGACUUUGACUAAGCUGCGCGGCUCUCCAGGGAGAUUGUGCUAGCUUUACCGUGUCUUUGAAACAAACAGUAUUCCAGAUAAUAGUGCAGUUGUAAAUACGUGUGUGUGCGUGUGUGUGCUAUCCAUGUAGUAUACCCUGCUUUAUGCUGCAUGAUUACCUUGAAUCAUGUCUUUUGUCAUUUCACUAAAUGACUUUUUCUAUCUGAGCUCAGUGACAAUUGCUAUAAUGAUGGCUUUCAUAGCAUUACUCCUAGAUUGAGUGCUUCGGGAGCAUUGGAUGUAACAUCAAGCAAGACUUUUUGGAAAGAGGGUUUUUUCCCCCCUCA